UACUUCAAUAAAAUCUGCCAAAAUCCAAGUGAAUGGAGUCCACCUACAUUAUCAGCAGACAGGAGAAGGAAGCCAUGCAGUUCUUCUGCUUCCUGGGAUGCUAGGGAGUGGUCAAACCGAUUUUGGACCACAGCUUAAGUCUAUGAAUAAGCAACUUUUCACAAUUGUUGCUUGGGAUCCUCGGGGAUACGGACAGUCCAUUCCUCCAUCUCGAGACUUUCCUCCAGAUUUCUUUGAGAGGGAUGCAAAAGAUGCUGUGGAUCUUAUGCAG